AUGUCAUUUGCCAAAUCUGUCCGUCGCCAUAUUCAAGAUCUGAGCAAUGCCACAGAAUUAGAGCCUCACUGGGGAUAUGCAGACCGGGCUGUGCCCUGUACUAAUGAUGCCGGCUCGUGUGCCUAUCUCGACGCUGUUUAUUCGGCCCAUGAUAUUGGAAUGAUGUAUACGGGUAUCAUAUGGGCAACUAUUGGAGGUAUUCUUUUUAUAUGCGCCAUGCUUCGACAAUCCCAUCGUUCGACAAUCGGGUCCAUAUCAACCCUACCUGCUGCCGACCUAUCGGGGUUCCGGAAGCUUCACGUCUCUUUUGCAGCCUUCGUCAGAAGAUAUCUGCUGCCUGACGCCGUCCGGUUGGUCUUUGGACGCACAAGUCGGCUGCAGGUCCUUAUUCUUGCAGCAUUAGCAGGAUAUCUUCUUAUAUUCAGUUUCGUUGGAAUUGUCUACAAUACCUGGGUCACCCCGGUGUCGGGAAUGUCGGGCGUCUACAACACUCGUUCCAGCAUUGGGCCCUGGGCAGACCGAGUCGGUGUUCUCGCAUAUGCUCUCACACCACUCUCUGUUCUGCUGAGUACUCGAGAGUCGCUCUUGUCCUUGAUAACCGGUAUCCCAUACCAAAGCUUUAACUUCUUGCAUCGCUGGUUGGGCUAUAUCAUCUUCGUCCAAAGUUCGCUUCAUACUAUUGGGUGGUGCGUGGUCGAAUUGAGACUGUACCAGCCCCAGCCAUCUGUGGGCAUUGAAUGGGUCACGCAGACUUACAUUGUUUGGGGGAUUGUGGCCAUGAUUCUACUCCUGUUAUUGUUUGUGCUGAGCACACCAUGGGGUAUUCGAUUGACUGGCUAUGAAACCUUCCGGAAGGCUCACUAUAUCCUUGCAAUGGUGUUCAUUGGGGCCUGUUGGGCGCACUGGAAACAGCUCAAGUGCUUUUUACUCCCAUCUCUCAUCUUUUGGGGCCUCGACCGCGGUGUUCGUCUUGCUCGCUCCGCGCUUUUACACUAUCACCCGGGAGAACCAGGGGUCCUCGGCUUCAAAUCACUCGAUGCCACCAUCACCCUCUUUCCAGACCCAGAGCACGGUGAUGUGGUUCGUCUGGAGUUGGAGAACAACCAAGAGCCCUGGGAGAUUGGCCAGCAUUACUAUCUCUGUUUCAUGCAGGGUAGCAUAUGGCAAUCGCAUCCCUUUACGCCACUCAACGUUCCUUUUGUUGAAGAAGGCAAAGUGAGACAUUCGUAUAUCCUUCGGGCCAAGAAAGGCGAGACCAAGAAAAUAAUCGACCUUGCUGUUCAAGGAGCAGUUAGCACCCCUGUGAUUCUCACAGGCCCCUAUGGUGAAUCGAUUAACCGGCAUCUGACGCUAGCGACAAACGUCGUUUGCGUGGCGGGAGGCACGGGGAUCACAUACGUUCUUCCUGUCCUUCUCAACCUCGCGAGGCAAGCACCCUCGCCAGACCGAAAGGUCGAAUUGAUCUGGGUCAUUAAACACGUUCAGAAUACUGAAUGGGUGCGAGACGAGCUGGAUCUUCUGCAGAGCCUCCAGAAAGAUUUGCAUAUCAACAUUCGUAUAUUCGCAACAAGAGACACGAGUAGCGAGUCGUCACUGGGCACAGAGAGUCAGACCGUGGUCAUAUCAAGUCAUGACAAUCAUGAGAAGACCACAGAAAUCUCCCAGUCUUCAUCCAUAUCAAAGUCAAAUCGAUUGCAAGGGAACAUACCCGUCAAAAUGGGGCAUGGGUCGGGGGACUUGAGCAGGCACCCAGAUCUUCGAAGCAUGGUCGAAGGCUUCGUAGAGAACACUAUCCAAGGACCAACUACUGUCUUCGCAAGUGGACCUGGUGGGAUGUUGAGCGAUCUCCGAAGUAUUGUUGCCUGCUGUAAUUCCGCGUCCAAGGUGUGGGCUGGCCAAGAGAGGUUUGAUGUUCGUCUGGUUUGUGAUGAUAGAUUAGAGUGGUAG